AUAAAUGUAAUACUUGCCUUACUUACCAAUACACUCCUGUCCACACUACUUGUACUCAUCGCAUUCUGAUUACCCCAACUAAACAUCUAUGCAGAAAAAGCAAGCCCCUAUGAGUGCGGAUUUGAUCCUAUAGGGUCCGCCCGCCUACCCUUCUCCAUAAAAUUCUUCCUGGUAGCCAUUACAUUCUUGCUAUUUGAUCUAGAAAUUGCACUACUACUCCCCCUUCCCUGAGCCUCACAAACAGACAAACUACCAACCAUACUCACUAUAGCCCUUCUACUAAUCUCAUUACUAGCCGCAAGCCUAGCCUACGAAUGAACCCAAAAAGGACUAGAAUGAACUGAAUA